AUGUUCCACACAAACACUUCCGCUUUCCAUCCAGACACCUUUUUUCUCACAGGCAUCCCAGGAUUUGAGGGUUCCCAUGGCUGGAUCUCCCUACCUUUUUGCUCCAUUUACUUAAUGGCUCUGUUAGGCAAUGUUACAAUUUUGCUGAUCAUCUGGUCUGACCGUACUCUGCGGGAUCCUAUGUUCUACUUUCUAGCCAUCUUAGCCAUAGAUCUGGCCCUCUCCACAUCGUCAGUGCCCCGAAUGCUGGGUAUCUUCUGGUUUGAUGCACAUGAAAUUGGUUUUGGAGCCUGCGUGGCCCAGAUGUUCCCGAUACACACCUUUACAGGAAUGGAGUCUACUGUUCUGUUGGCCAUGGCUUUUGAUCGCUAUGUGGCUAUCUGUGUACCACUCCACUACACAACCACCCUGACACCCCGGGUGCUAGCAGGCAUUGGUGUGGGCAUUAUAAUGCGUCCUGUCCUGCUCAUGUUGCCCAUUCUCUACCUAACCCAUCGUCUGCCCUUUUGUGAGACUCGACUUAUUGCGCAUUCCUACUGUGAGCACAUGGGCAUUGCCAAGUUGGCCUGUGCCAGCAUUCGAGUUAAUGCCAUUUACGGGCUUUUUGUGGCUUCUUUUCUUAUUUUGGACGUGGUACUUGUUGGAAUCUCUUAUGCCUACAUCCUCCGUGCAGUUUUCCUCCUCCCAUCUCGAGAUGCUCGUCACAAAGCCUUGAGCACAUGUGGGUCACAUGUUGGGGUCAUGUGUGUUUUCUACACACGGUGUCUCUUCUCCUUCCUCACCCACCGGUUUGGCAAGAAAAUUCCCCAUUAUGUUCACAUCCUUGUUGCCAAUCUCUACGUAGUCUUCCCACCUGCCCUCAAUCCUAUUAUCUACGGUGUGAGGACAAAGCAGAUUCGUGAGCAUGUGAUCCAUGCUCUCACCUCCCAGUAG